CUCGACGCGGGAUUCCCUGUUUUUGGAGAACGCACGCGCGUGCGCGUCGUUUGCCACCGUCUACGUCCUUCAAGAUCGCCGAAGAUCGGCAGGUUUCAUCGUCAGAGGCUCUCUCUAGGCAGGGAGUGAUUGUUCAUGAGCGAUAACGAGAUGUCCGCACCGAGUUUCCGCGAGCGAUGGAAUGUAUGCGUCUCCGACAUCGCCAGGAGAACGCACAAUCCCAUAAGGUCGAUCGUGGAGAACAUCGUCGUCGAACCGAACCCCAAUAAGCAGAUGAUCGCGCUGUCCAUUGGUGAUCCGACCACCUUUGGCAACCUGAAGCCGCCCAAGGAAGUGAUCGAAGCUGUCCAAGAGAGCGUUGCCUCGCAGCUGUAUAAUGGAUAUGCACCGAGCACAGGAUAUCAAAGAGCACGGGAGGCCGUGGCGGAGUACAGCUCGAACGAGUUCGUGAAAGUCGAUGCCAAGGACGUGAUCCUGUGCAGCGGAUGUUCUUGCGCGCUCGAUCUGUGCAUCACAGCUUUGGCCCGGGAAGGCCAAAACAUCCUAAUUCCACGGCCCGGUUUCUCCAUCUAUCGAACGCUGGCGGAGGGUCUUGGAGUCACGGUGAAAUCGUACGAUUUACGCCCGGAGCUCGGUUGGGAGAUCGAUCUGGACGACCUGGAGGCGCAAAUCGACGAGUCAACGGCGGCGAUUGUUAUAAACAACCCUUCAAACCCGUGCGGCUCCGUGUUCAGCCGCGACCAUAUACUUGACAUUCUUGACAUCGCCGCUCGUUACUACGUACCCAUUAUAGCCGACGAGAUUUACGAGCAUAUGGUAUUUCCAGGACGGGCUUUUCACUCGUUAGCGUCUCUAUCGACUGAAGUUCCUAUUUUAUCGUGCAGCGGACUAACUAAAAGAUUUCUAGUGCCCGGCUGGCGUAUGGGCUGGAUAAUAAUCCACGAUCGUCAGAACGUCCUGGAGGCCGAGAUUCGUAAGGGUUUACAAUGCCUAAGCCAAAGGAUAAUCGGCAGCAACACCAUUAUUCAGGGUGCCUUACCCGCGAUACUUCGAAAGACACCACAGAACUUUUUCGAUGACGUGAUUCAUACUUUAUAUUCGCACUCCAAGCUGGCGUACACCUGCAUAGCGAAGAUUCCGGGACUGAAGCCGAUAAUGCCGGAUGGGGCGAUGUAUAUGAUGGUCUACAUCGAUCUGCCGUGUUUUCCGGAAUUUAAUUCCGAUCUGGAAUUCGUGCAGCGACUGCUAAUGGAAGAAUCUGUGUUUUGCCUACCCGGUCAGUGCUUCGAUUAUCCGUCCUACAUGAGGCUGGUAAUCACCGUGCCCGGCGACAUGCUCGGGCAAGCUUGUCAGAGGAUUCAAGAGUUCUGCGAGAGACAUCAUUAUAAAACGGCGGAGAUCGUCGGUAGGAACAGUUUCGUCGACGUAGAAAUUCCGUAUUAACGAACGCUCGGACACGCGCCAGAGAUUCGAAUAUUUGCGUUAACUCCCUCGAUUGUCGUCACCCGGACUCAGAUUUCAUGGUGGUACACUCGAGGAAGAUCGUGUCCGUCAUCAACGAAUCUCACCCUCGCGCGUGUGUGCAUAUGUAUAUCUCUUAUAUCUAUAUGUUUCUACUCUGUAAUUAUGUACAUGUUCUUGUCUUUUAUUUCUACGUUAUCGCUUGUAAGUGCUUGUACAAUUACCAAUGUAUGUAAUAAAUAUUUGACAUGUGUAUUAACUUACGUCGGAAUUAUUACCGGAAUUUAUUAUGGAACUAAUAAAAUAAAUUUAUACACGUUAAUGCAAAGAAA